UGCUUCACAUAAAAGUGCAAAAAGUGCAAUAAAAUACAGAAUUGACAAAGGUGGAAGAAACAAAAACAAAAACAACAACAAAAAAUAAAAUAAAAUAAAAUAAGAAGGGAUAAAUGUACCUUUAGUUAUACCAGGCAUUAAAAUGAACAAUCAAAUCCAAUCCAAUCCCCUUUAUUUGUAUAGCACAUUUAAACAACACAAACGUCUCCAAAGUGCUGUACAUAAAAUCAACAAUAAAACAAACAAUUCCAUAUACCAAUCAGCAAUAAAUAGUAAGUGUAUAAAUCUAAAAUGAUGCCAUAAAUAAAACAAUACAAUCAAACAGACAAACAAACAAGAAACAGAAGAAAACCAGGUGGUCUAACAUUUUUUCCAUGACUGAAUUUAUUCUUCACACAGUGACUCCUCUUAAUAUUAGACGAUCUUUGUGAGUUGAGCUCCGGUUUUCUCUGCAGAGUGACUCCUCCGGUGAGGAGACGAUCUCCGGGCCGGUGUUCCCUCAGCUGACACCGGACAACAAACCAUCUGUCAGCCGUGAAUCCUCCCGUUAACCGGCCGGUGUCUCUGCCUCCUCUGCGGCCUCUUCUCCUCACAUUAAUGACCGGAGGGUUUCUGCGGGAUGCGGACAUGUUCUGAUUCAGCCUGCGAGCGAUGAGCGACCGGAGCGCCGCGGUGACCGGACCGGCGGAGGCGCUGUUGACUGCGGGCUGCAGAGCCCCGCUGGUCGGCCUGCUCGGAGGAUGGAGCCGAGGCUGAGCGGGGAUGGCAAGCCGUCCGUGUCCCGGCUCCUCGGCCCGGUGCUCCUCCUCUCCGUCCUGGCGUUGUCGGUGAACUGCCACGGGACGUGCAGACACCGAGCCCCGGCUCCCGACGAGGUGGUGCAUCAUGUGUACCUGAAGCCUGAGCGUCUGACCAAGAGAAGCUCUCCUGUGGACCUGCAGCUGAAGAUAAAGAUAAUCUACGACUACAGCGUGGACCAACUCUCUGCAGACAAGAGGAGGCUGGUGAAGGACAAGCUGUUUCCUCAGGCCAUCGACUACCUGCAGCGAGCCUUCAGUGUAAGGCGGCGGGUGGGCCCGGUGCUGCUCAGCAGACAAUGUGCCACCAACCAGUACCUGAGGAAGAGAGAUGACCCUCACCGCUACUGCCAGGACGCCUGCGCUGACGUCACCCGAUGCGGCCCCGUCGUCGUGCCACAGCACCACCUGCAGCAAUGCAAGGUAUGCAGUGAGUCGGGGAAGUCCUGUGGCCCCCUGGGGCCCCCCGACGGCCCCGGAGUGGAAGGGUCCGACUUCGUGCUGUAUGUCAGCGGCAUCACCACGGAGCGCUGUGGGCAGGAGAACAUCGUGGCCUACGCUGCGUACUGCCAGCUGGAGGCAGAGCUGGACAGGCCGAUAGCAGGCUAUGCUAACCUGUGUCCUGCCAUGAUCUCGUCCCAGCCUCAGGAGUUUGAAGGGAUGCUCUCCACGGUCAAACACGAGAUCAUCCACGCUCUGGGGUUCUCAGCAGGUCUGUUUGCCUUCUACCACGACGACGAGGGCAAACCUCUGACUCCUCGCUUCACCAGUGGCCUGCCUGCCUUCAACGAGAGCCUGGGUCUGUACCAGUGGAGCGAGGCUGUGAUCAGGAGGGUCAGCAGGCUUUGGGACAUCAGAGGAGGACUGAUGGUCCGACACCAAGUCCAUGUCCUCGUCACUCCCCGAGUCGUGGAGGAGGCACGCAGACACUUUAAUUGUCCCAUCCUGGAGGGCAUGGAGCUGGAGAACCAGGGCGGGACGGGGACGGAGCUGAACCACUGGGAGAAGAGGCUGCUGGAGAACGAGGCAAUGACAGGCUCCCACACUCAGAACCGCGUCUUCUCCCGCCUCACGCUCGCCAUCAUGGAGGACAGCGGCUGGUACCGGGCCAACUACAGCCUGGCCCAGAGGCUGGACUGGGGCCGGGGCCUCGGCUGCGACUUUGUCAUGAAGAGCUGCAAGUUCUGGAUGGACCGCCAGAGACAGAGGCGUCACUCUGUGACUCCGUACUGUGACACGGUGAGAGCGUCUCCCCUGCAGCUGACCUGCAGACAGGACCAGCUGGCUGUGGCCGUCUGCAACCUGCAGAAAUACUCACAGGAGCUGCCGCUGGAGUACCAGUACUUUGAGAGGAUCCCUGACGUGUCCUCUGACGAGCUGUCUCUGUUCGGCGGUGCCGUGGAGAUCGCAGAUUUCUGUCCGUUCAGUCAGGAGUUCAGCUGGCACCUGAGUGGAGAGUACCAGAGGAACUCGUACUGCCGCGUGUCUGAGAACCAGCCAGACUGGUGGAGGAACUAUGGGGCGGAGCAGUAUGGACCUGACUCCGUGUGUCUGUACCAGAAGUCAGCCUUUGUGAUGGAGCAGUGCACCAGGAAGAUGACGUACCCCGACUGGGGCUCCGGCUGCUACAAGGUGUGGUGCUCUCCUCAGGGCCUGACGGUGUUCGUGCAGGACCGCUCCUUCUUGUGCGUGCGUAAGGGCCAGCAGCUGAGCGUCAGCGUGCGCGUCCAGGACUGGGUGUAUAACGGCGUGCUGCUCUGCCCCGCCUGCACCGACUUCUGUGACGACUGCCCGCUGCCUCACCAGCUACCCCCCCUCAACACCUCCAGGAGCAACCCCAUCGACCCGUGCUCCAGCUCUGCAGGUCUGGUCGUCACUCUGUGGCUGCUGCUGCUCAACCUGCUCCCCCUGCUGGCCGGACUGCAGCUCUGCAGCUGCAGCUGAUACACACACACCAAGAGACCAGAGGAGGAAGAAUAAGCCAUGUGACCUGCCAGCUGUCAAUCACUCUGAGCUGUAAACACCUGAACAAGCCAUAACGCCCCAGAGCAUCAUGGGACACGGAGUCCCCACAGUGACUGCAACAUGUUUCAGAGUGGCUGCUCAGUGCAAUGCAUCGUGGGUGAUGGAGUUCAGCUGUUGGAGCCAAACGAGAACAACAAACACUAUUUAAGUCUGAAUGCAGUUUUUUUUAAUAACUUCCUGUGUGAUGGAUUAUUUCUGAUUCUGUUCAUGUCUCACUACAGAUUUCAAACACUAAAGAAAGAGAGUGAGUCUUAUUGUGAAAGGACUUCUGUGACUGAAUGUUUAGUUUUUAUUUAUUUAUUGUAGCAGAAAGUCUGUUUCUGUUCCACCGCGGCAUGUCGGCACGUUUAAGAUUUAAAAAACACUAAUCAGGAGCCGAGGAGGAGAAAUAUUCUCAGAAAAACUGAGAUUAAAGUCAUGAAUUUAUGAGAAAAAUAUGAGAUUAAAAGUAAGGUCGCAGGAG